CUUUGUGAUAAACCUGUUUUUAGAAACGGCUUCGGUGUUCUGAGUUCUAGGCAGACUAAGAAAUCUAAUAUUAGGCUUAUUAUAACAGUAUAACUAUAAGAUGGCAGGAGGACGAAAGGAUAGUCGUAACAUCUCCACCGGCUUAAAAUGGCAAAGUUUUCAACAAAGCAAAUAUCCUGCUGGAAGGAAGCCUCUUCCAAACCCGAUAACUUUCAUUCAACUUGUGGUAAUGCUUGUUAUGCAUAUUUGUCGGAAAAUUGUCUUGUUUCAGCCAGAGAUUAAAAUCGGUAUCUAUGUUAGCAUUUUGUUUUUUGUGUCUUUAGUAUGUGAUUUUGUACCAUUUCCAGAGUCAUAUUUUUCUCGAAAAGACAAUUUACUAAAUGAAUAUCUUGUUAAGCUUGGCUGGGGUUGGACUUUAACGAUAGUGGGAACAUUCGUAUACUUGACGAGUUGGACAUACUGUUGCAGUGAUAAAGUACUUGUUCGUCAACACCUGAGCCGAAUGCUUGUUGGAACUGUGGUUUGGUUUUUCUGCACAACUCUCUUUCAGUAUAUGGAAGAAUGGUUUGGUCACUGCUACCCACCAGAGCACGGAAAAAAUUACAAAACAAAAGGUCUUUGUAGAAAACAUGGACUUAAGUGGGUGGGCUUUGACAUUUCUGGACAUGCGUUUUUAUUGAUUUACUGCUGCUUGAUCAUAAUGGAAGAAGGAAAAUGUAUUAGAGGAUGGGAGCGCAUUGGUGAACUAAUUGUGAGAAAUAAUGAAUUUGAAGAUGAGAGCCCAUUAAAAAAGUUAUCAGAAGAACAAAUGUAUAAACUGAAGACAUCAUACGAACAGUUCACACCAUAUGUUCGUGUUACUUUUGUUUUUAUGACUGUCUUGUUGCUUAUUUGGGAUGUGAUGUUGAUGACAACCAUUCUAUAUUAUCAUAACAUGGUUCAGAAGUUAGCAGGAGGCCUGAUUGCCAUUGGAAUUUGGUUCAUUACAUAUCGUAUAUGGUAUAGAAUGAAAUAUUCACCCGGCUUACCUGGUGAAGGGUUAUUUAAGUACAGUCAUUUAAAAUCACCAAGAGAUAUUUCUUAGUAAUUGUUUAAAUAGUUCAAUAAUUAAAAAGAAUGUUGAAACUGAGAAGUAAAAUGAGAAAAUACUAGUUCAGUGGAACUUUUAAGUUUUAUGGGUUUUAAUUUUUGUCCUGUUACUCUAAAGUUGUAAAUGUAUGGAGUGCAAAACUUUAAAAGUUUUGUGAAAUACAGAAUUGUUGCAAAACAUAUUUGAAAACAGAAUCUUUAUGAUAAUACGGUACUAUACAUGUAUAACCUGGCUUUCUAGUGUUAGAAAACACAAGUUUUUCUUAUCAUUCAUUUUACUGGUAACUGAACAUCAAAGUCUUUGAAAAUUUUGAGUGAAAUUGCACUAAACUGUAAACAGUGUAUGAAUUUUUUUUAACAGUAGCUACCACAGAACAAAAGCAUAUAAAAAUGCAAGUAGGCUUAUUAUUAUCUCAGUGUCUGUACAGUUGAAUGUGUUUGUUUAUUUACACAUUAGUUGUGAUCCAGACAAACAAGUGUUGCUUUUCUUAUCAGGAUUAGUUUUUCUACAUCAUUAAUGGUGUUUUAGUAAUAGAUUUUUCAUUUUAGCAGUUUGUUUUAGUUCUGCUGUAGUGUACCUGAUAUAUAAGAUAAGAAAUUUACUGAAACCUAUCUCAGUUUGUGUAGGUUAACUGAUAUUGAAUUGAUGGAUAUUUUAUGUGAAUAUUAUGUAAUUCUCAAAAUAUUGCAUGAAACCACAUUGCAUACUCUUAAAAAACAUUUGUAUACGGAUUAGCUAAAAUACUAAUUAUAAGAAUAUGACAAGUUUCUUAUCUAUUGGUGAUUGUAUAUUUAUAGCUUAUAACAACAUGAGUCACAGUGGCUUGGGUAUUUAAUAUUUUGGAAUUCAGACUGUUACAGUUAUAUAAAAGUAUUUAUAAUGUAAUUUUCUGCUUCUUCCAAAGAAAUGGAGAUUGGAACUUGAGAUUGAAUAUUACAACACAAAAGAAAUGAUUUAUAUCUUUAAAGAAGUUUAUACAAGAGAUGGAUAUUUGUUUUAGACCCUGUAAGUGAUGCCAAUAGUCAAGUGCAACCACUCUGAGAAAUGACCAGGUUUAUUGAUUCCUUAUUUAAAGAUAAAAUACAUAUGUAACAGGUGUGUAUGGAAUGUUCAUUCAAGAAAAUUUAUGUACAUAAAAGUGAACCCUUGCCAAAAGCAAAAAACUACAGUAGUUUAUGUGAAUUAUGACUUCUAGUGAGUCAUGUUGUAUCUUAGAAGUUUUCAACAGUUCAAGCUUAGAAAUUCAUGAUUUCAUCAAAAAUGAUGGAAACAGUGUUUGAAAAUUUCUUUUAAUGUAUGGAAGUUUCAUUGCUAGACUUCAGAGUUCAAGUAAUAAGUGAAACUUGCAAGUUAUCUACAAUUAUUCUGUUAAUUUUGACAAAGAUGAAAGAAUAUUCAUAAAUUAUUUAAAUUUGCUGAUGGUAUUAAGGUUUUCCAUAUUGCUGACUAUGUGUCGGAUGCUACUGUUUUACAAGAGGAAUUGGAUUAUUUGUGGAGUUGGACAAAUAUAUGACAGAUGACUCUUAAUUAUAAUAAUGCAAAGUCAUGCAUGUGGAUUAUCAUAAUUUGAAUUAGGAAUACAAUUUCAAUAGAAAUAACUGUAACAGCAUUAUAUACAUUUAGAUGGGAAUAAGAAAUGUCCACCCUUCUAAAGAGCUCAGGUUAUAGGGUAUAGUAUCAUUGUGUUCAAUUGAUUUCAUGAACCUAUGUGAUUUUCUAACCUCAUGAAUAGAUCUAAGUGAUCAUUCUUUUAAGCCAUCCAAACAAUGUCUGUUAGUUUUGACUGAAAAAAAGAAUUUUAAGUGAUAUCCACAGAAAUAUUGAAUACACAUCUAAAGAGGUUAUAAUUUCAUUGUAUAGCUAUUGGUUAGGCCACAUUUGGAAUUUUGUGUUCAGUCUUGGGCUCCUUACCUUAGAAAGAACAUUGAAUUGCUAGAAAUGUUUCAAAGGAGGCCUACUAGGAUGAUAUGUGAGAUGGAAAGGUGCCAUACGAGAACAGGUUAAGAUCUCUGAAAUAGAUUUAUUGUGAAAAAUGAGUUAGAAGGGAUCUGAAUGAGAGGUUUAAGAUAGUUCAUGAAAGUGAUAGUGUUGAUGAAUAUUUUCUUUUAUUACCUAUUGGUGAGAAUGGUAAGACUAGGGGAAGCAAAUAUAAAUUUUGGCA